UUGACAAGGAGUUUUCUGUCCAGAGCAUGCGGAGAGCAUCUCGCCCUCGUACCUCUGCAGGAGGAGCAGGUGGAGAGAGCAGCAGUCGGAAUGAUGGAGAUGAAGAGAGAAUCUUUCCAUCAGUAUGGAUCCCUGGAGCGCACGCCGUGGAGCAGAGACAACAACAAAGCAGAGGACGACGUGGUGUCCAUGGCAGACUCCAGCCUCACUGCAGACGAUAUCGAGGGCGAACUCUUCAAGAUCGAGAGGAUCAGAGACGUUCUGGUCCGCAGGGAGUCAGAGCUCAGAUACAUGAUGGAUGACAUUCAGCUGUGCAAGGAGAUCACUCGACUCAAAAAGGAGCUGCACAAAUUAGUGUCCCUGCCAGAUAAGGACAAGUCCAAGGAGGACCGGCAAAAGGAAGAUGAACUUCUGCAGCAAAUCCACAAACUGGUGGAAACCAGAGAUUUCCUUGUGGAUGAUGUUGAGUUUGAAAGACUCAGGGAGAAGGAAGAAGAUAAAGAAAUGGCUGACUUUCUGAGGUCGAAAUUUCCAAGACACCUGCAGAAAACAGGUGUGCCAACAAGACGAGUCGCACCCAGGGCCCAGCAGAACUCCUCUCCCUUCGCCAAAACGGGCCUCACCCUGCUGAAGGAGUGCUGCGGCUUCACGUGCUCCGUCAUGUAGCUUCCGUUCUUGCCAAUUUAACCGUCCGCGUAUAAGAGCUCCAUUUCAAGUCCAAGUGUAAAAAGAAGCCAACGGAAUCAUAUCCUUCGGCGUGUUGGUCUGUAGAAUGGAUUCCACGGAAGGUUGUUCCGUGAGGUUGUCCAGCGGGCCGCUGGCUCACACGCUUCUUGUGACCAAUCAAACUACAGAUACACAUCUGAGUUGCCAAGAAGAAUAGUUUCCAUGGCAACCUCAUGUAACCCCCCAUACCUUUACAAUGUAGAGAUUCACAGGAUGAUACUGUGUGUAUGUGUGCAUGCAGGGAAUGAUAUUGCGCUUAUCUGUUUUGUUAUGUUUUGAGGUUUAAAAAAAUAUAUACUGUAUACUGCUAUUACUGACGCAUACAUGAUCAGAUGUACUGUAGUAGUACUGUAGCUGUUCCAUCCCCAGAUCUUUUAUUUACCUCAUAAAUGCUUUGGCUCACCAUCAUUUGUAGAAAACAGGCAUGUUUAAAUAGCAUGUACAUCGACGCUUACGGAGCUCAUGUUAUUGUCCUUUUUGUUAAGCAAAAAUUAGUUUUUAUUUUCGCCGUUUUAGUGGUCGACAACGUUGCGGUCCUGUCGUCUUAUGUCAUCCUCCACGAACCGAGAAGUGGCCUGUUUACAUUUGGAUGGACAAAAAGCAAAACUAAACAUUGUGUGUGUAAUUGUGAGUGAAAUAGUUGCCCUUUUGCACCAGUUUAGUCACAAUGAAAGCGUCGCGCUGAACGUGCACAAAACCGGGAAUAAAAAGAAAAGUAAAGGUAAAGAAAGUUCUGUUCUUUCAAUCUUUGUCUUAUCCAUUUCCAAUCAUGCACUAACUUGUACUUUUCAGGUUUCCGAACAUGAGUCUGGUUUUGUUCAGAACAUAAAAUAUUGAAAUUUUCAGCAAAAACCACAAAUAUGAAACAAGUUGGGACCCAAUACGGACCCCUGUGGAACACCACAGGUAAUGUAUGAAUAUGCUUUUCACUGUGGGUUGCAUACUGAAAGAUGCAAAAGCUAUAUUUCACAUCCAAACUACAAGUAAUCCCCUCGAACAAGUCCUUCAACUUUUCUGACACCUCUUAUUUAAUGUUUGUUAUUUUGAACGUGCAUACAGUUACAAUAUGGUACAUCGCAUAUGUCGAGUUCCUCAUUUCAACAUGACCCGAAAAGAAGUAGGAAGAAGCAGCGCUUAAUUCAUUCUUCCCCUUUUCCAUUUUAUGGUAAUUAAAUAAUCACAUUAGUUUGUUUGUUUCCUGUGCUCAUUAUGUCAUACAAACACAUAAGCAAAACAUCUCUUUAAUGCAGGUGUAGGCAAUUAAUUUUUACCGGGGGCCGCAUAAGCAACCCGAGCACUGCUGGAGGGCCACACCGACAAUAUUUCAAUUAAAUUUUGCACAAUAUUAUUUUUGAUAUACCGUAAGAUAAAUAAUAAUAUUAAUAAUAAUAAUAAUAAUUUAAUUUAACCUAACUUAAAGGCCUACUGAAAUGAAUUUUUUUUUAUUUAAACGGGAAUAGCAGAUCCAUUCUAUGUGUCAUA